UCAAUCUCCCAGGGCAGCUCCCACGGGAUCGAUCUUCUUUAUCCUGCAGCACAUAAACCUCGCAGACCCGAUCCCGAAGCACAGCCCCAGAAGCGACGCGGGUGAUAUAUAUAUAUAAUUUUUUCGUAUCCAGGCUUGUCAUUUGGAACCGUGGCUGAGUGAGUCACUUAGGACCCCGGAGAGCUUCCAGCUAGUGCAGGAACAAAGGCUGGUGCCCACUGAGCAUGUGCAAAACUGAGUCUGCUCUCUUAAGGCUCGGUUAGUUACUGAUAUAAACAGCUGGAGGUAUUUGAGGGCUGAGUUUAGAGACCCAGCAGAGCCGUCAGAGUGGAGAUACGGGAGGAUUACAGCUUCUGUGCGUUUCCAUCGGGCUGGCAGAAGAAGGAUUAGUCAAGGGCACCCGAAGAUCCGCUUUUCGACGCUGCAUUCCAGUUUGGGGUUGUUUUUUCCUCGGGUUUGCCAGGGACGUUUCUCUCUGGUAGAAUCGGAGUUUGGAAUAUUGUUUCCAAAGAUCUGAGGAACUGAGUCUUUGAAGUGUGAUGGGCCACAAUCAAGAAGAUGCUUGUGGAUGGUUGACCGGAUGUUCUGGUCUUCUGAAGCCUCCUCAGUGCAGAGGACUAUGGCGACAAGCCUAGUGGUGAUUGCAGAAAGCAGCUUAUUUGAGACAGGAAAAGUUCUAAGAUGAUCAGAUGAACCCAUGGGAGGACCUAGCAAGAAGCCAAGGUGUGGCUUCAAAGCUGUUCUAAAGGUGUGAACGGCUCCGUUUCCCAGGAAGGGUAUGGCCAAAUCCUUUUUCAGACCACAAAAGUUUCUUCGGAGGACCCAGGUUCUGCUCUUUUUCCUCACAGCCGCCUAUCUGAUGGCAGGUAGCCUUCUCCUCCUACAAAGAUCUCGCUUGGUUCUGCAGCAAGGCUCCCGAGGCUUCUCCAGGAAUCAGGGCCUACCAGUUGCUGAGACUUUGCCAGGGGACACAAAUGCAGAGAGCAGACCAGUGCAGGUGCCUCGCUUGACUUCUAAGCUUCUUGUAAACAUGGAUACAGUGUAUGGGCCCAACCCGGACCAGAAAGAUGGACCACUGUGGUUGAUUUCCAGAAAUUCUGAAUUGAGACAGUUACGGAGGCGCUGGUUUCUCCAAUUUGUAAAUGACCAAGAACCUGUUCUGGCUUCUGGAGCGAAAACAUACCUGAAGCACACCUCCAAAAGCAAAGGCACUUACAUUGGCUGCUUUGGUGAUGACUCAAGAAAAAGGACAUUGAAAGGAGCCGUGUUCCACGACUUGAGAAAAAUGACAAUUUCCCACUGCCAAGAAGCCUGUGCUGAGAGGGCUUAUAAAUAUGCCGGCUUAGAAUAUGGAGCAGAAUGCUAUUGUGGAAACCAGCUGCCAGUGAAUAUUGCAAAGCAGGAAGAAUGCAACAAUGAGUGCAAAGGGGAGAAAGGGACCAUCUGUGGAGGCAUCAACAGGCUGUCUGUUUACCAGGUGGAGGAAUCAGGGGCAGGGCCUAAACGACGGCAAAAUAUUAUCUAUCGAGGAUGUUUUAAAGUACCAGAAAAUUUAACGAACAUCUUGCCAGCCUCAUUGAUACAUUCCAAUUUGACAGUGGAGAUGUGUUCUGAAUUUUGCUCCCAAAAAGAAUUCCCUUUGGCGGUUAUUAGAAGACCUCAAUGCCACUGUGGCUUUGCAACAAUUAAUUUCCCACUGCAUAAUAGUUCUGACAGAUCAUUCUGCAGCAGUCUUGAAGAUGUCAACAAUAGGGCUGAAGUUUCAAAUGCCGAAGACCAUCGCUUUGUUUAUCAAACUCCAGUCCAAGAUACCCGUUGUAUUGACCGGAAUUUUCUCCCAACCAAAUCAAAAGCCCUUGUUGCUUUGUCGAGCUUCCCAGGAGCUGGGAAUACAUGGCUUCGCCAUUUAAUAGAGCAUGCCACAGGAAUCUACACAGGGAGCUAUUACUUUGAUGGAACUCUGUAUAAUAAAGGUUUCAAAGGAGAAAAGGACCACUGGAGAAGCAGAAGAACUAUUUGUGUCAAAACACAUGAAAGUGGCAGAAAGGAAAUUGAAAUGUUUGAUGCAGCCAUCUUACUGAUACGCAACCCGUACAAAUCGCUGGUGGCGGAAUUCAACCGGAAGUGUGCUGGCCAUCUUGGAUAUGCCACAGAUCAGAACUGGAAAAGUAAAGAAUGGCCUGAUUUUGUAAACAGCUAUGCUUCCUGGUGGGCCUCUCAUGUGCUCGACUGGCUUAAAUACGGCAAGCGUCUCCUCGUGGUUCAUUACGAAGACUUAGAAGAAGCCCUUCUUCCCAAGCUGAGGGAAAUGGUUGACUUUCUGAACAUCACAGUGACUUACGAUCGACUCCUCUGUGUUGAAAAUAACCGAGACGGGAAUUUCAAGCGGUCGGGAGCCAAGCAGAAGGAGUUUGAACCCUUCACAAAGGAAAUGAAAGAAGUGAUAGAUCAGCUUAUUGUGAUAGUGGAUAAAGCCCUACGUGAAAGGAACUUUACAGGGCUGCCAAAAAUGUAUUUGCGCAGAUGAUGCCCUGCAGCCAGCUUGCUGCAUUGUUAAGGAAAGACCGAAUAAUGAAAUUAAAGAAAAGGCCAGGAUUUUAUAGCAUUUAAAAGCAAGAUUUGCACAGAGUCUGCUGAUGAAUGCAAAUUCUUAAGACUUGGACAGUCUUCAGGGUACUAAGUGCUAUGAAAGGCAAGCAAUGAAGGAUGGAAAUUAGGUUAUAAACCGAGGCAAAAGCCAUUAGCAUCUCUGCCUGUGUGUGUCCUUUUCUCUAUAAAUGGCUACAAAUUUUAACAUUUUUGUGCACUGCUAAUUCUGGGAAAUGUGGCUGGGGGCGGGAAGCAACAGUGUCUCUUAUCCUUACUGUCUACUAGCAAUAUUUUCUCAAGAGUAUCAAACAUUUUUAUAGACGUUUUUGGCAAUUCAAAUGUGUAUUUUUCCCCUGGGGUUUUGGUUCAUUGGUUCUUUUGUUUCAAACUCAUCCUGACAAAUAUUUUUAGUGAAGCAAGUUAAUGGGAAAAAAAAAUGUCUUUGUCUUUUUUUCCGCCAUUUCUUAAAGUAUUUUUAAAAGUUUUCUUGUCAACUGGGAUAUGAUACAUGAAGAUAUUUCAGUGCUUCUUGCUAUUUCUUAUUUACAGGAGAAUCCUGUAUGUUUGUAUUUAGCUGUAAGUCUUGACAACUAUAAUGAGAUUUAUUCCCAGGUAAGUGUGUUGGUGAUUAUAGGUUUAGGAAUGAAAUUAAUUUGGUGGAAAUUAUUUUCAUAAACUUAUUUCUUUAAUUGGCUUAUAACAACAACAACAAUUCCAGAAACAUUGCAAACACAAUGGCUUUCUGGUCCUUAAAUAAUUAAAUAAGUGGAGUGCAUCCAUUUUAAGAGAUGUGGAUCGUGACACUGAAUAAGAUAUAUAUAAAGACUUUUGAAUACCCACCCUGGACUCGCUAAUCCAUAACCCUGUGGCUCUAUGAAAAGCUAUCCGGGCAGUUAACCUUUCUUGUCAUUCAAUAACAGAGACAGUGUUUCACUAUCUAACCUUUAUUCAGUGCUGCAAGAUCCAGUAAAAUGUAAAAAAAAUAAGCAAUAGUAUGUGAUUACAACAUGAAUAACAAAUAGGUGUCAUGCUCCAUAAAAGAGACGACGUGUUCCUAGCUA